CAAGCCUAAUUAACAAAUGGAAGAGAUCAAUAGAAAUGAUGAGCAAGAGAUCCAAAACCAGGCCAUCGUCAAUGCGCUUUACAAGUCACUGGCCGCGGGAGAUACCAAGACGAUCGCAGGAAUUUUAGCCCCCGACCUUGAGUGGUGGUUCCAUGGCCCUCAAAGUUGCCAUCACAUGAUGAGAAUGCUCACCGGAGAGGCUCCACAUACCGAGUUCCCAUUUGAACCUAGAAGUUUUACAACCAUUGAUGAUCACAUAGUGAUUGUCGAGGGUUAUGAGGGAGCAAACGUGUACUGGGUACACGUUUGGGCCCUAAAAGACGGGUUGAUAACCCGUUUUAGGGAGUAUUUCAACACUUGGUUAACAGUGAAGGAGUUGAGAGUUAGACCCACUGGUUGGGCGGGGAAGGAGAAGAGGUCCACAGUGUGGCGAAGCCAGCCUCGAGAUCUUUUCAGGAGGACAUUGCCAGGGCUCAUGCUUGCCAUUUGAUGAUGGUGGUCGUAUAUGACAUAUUGAUGAAUAGAUGAUUGUGGCGAACAAGUAUUGAUAUAUGAAAAGAGCAAGGCAAAAAUGUACCCUUUUUGUAUCAUGAAAUAUUUGUGAGAAUUAAAAUUGUCAUUUGCAUUGAACCUA